AUGCCUAGGGGCAACAAGAGCAAGGGCCGCUCCAGGGCCAAAAGGCAGCAGACACGAGGUGGAGAAAGCCAGAUUCUCCAGGGUGCUCAGCCCACUGUGAAGGAGGAGGAAACAGCACCCCCCUCUCUUGUCCAGGGUGAUGCCCCCAGUUCCCCUGGAGUUGACACUCCUCAGGAGUCCCAGGAGCCUGCAUCCUAUGGCUCUCCUGAGUUAGAUGUGCCCUGCUCAGUUUAUGAUGUAGAUGCUGAAGGUUCUGUUGCAGAUGCUGAGGACAGAAGUGCACAUUUCUCCAAGAUAGCAGCUGCCAUUCAAUCUGCACGCAGAGAUCCUCUGACCAGGAAGGCCAAUGUGUUGAUAGAGUUCAUGAUGGAGAAAUUUAAGGUGAAAGAGCCUUUCACACAGGCAGACAUGCUGAGAGUUAUUAACAAGAAGUACAAGGUGCACUUCACUGAAAUCCUCAGGAGAAUCUCUGUGCGAUUGGAAUUGGUCUUUGGCCUUGAGUUGAAGGUAGUUGAUCCCAGUUCUCAAUCCUAUAUGCUGGGCAAGCUGGGCCUCUCCACUGAGGGAAGUCUGAGUGGCAGUAGUGGGUUACCCAAGACAGGGCUUCUGAUGACGCUCCUGGGUGUAAUCUUCAUGAAGGGGAACCAUGCCACUGAGGAAGAGGUCUGGGAAUUCCUAAAAGUAGUGGGGAUAUAUCCUGGGAAGAGUCAUGUAAUCUUUGGAGAGCCCCAGGAAUUUAUAACCAAAGAUUUGGUGGAGGAAAAUUAUGUAGUAUACCAACAGGUUCCUGGCAGUGAACCCCCAAGCUAUGAGUUCCGGUGGGGUCCCAGAGCCUAUGCUGAAACCACCAAAAUGAAGGUCCUGGAAGUUAUAGCUAAGAUCAAUAAUACUUCCCCUAGUUUCUUCACUAGUAUGUAUGAGGAGGCUAUGAUUGAUGAGGCUAAUAGAGCAGCAAGAAGAGUUACAGCUGUUCCUGGCAAUGUUGUGGAUAUGAGGGACGUCAGGGCUCAUCGCAGAGUCCAUAGCACCUCUUCUAAGUAG